AUGGCCGGGAGGCGGCGAGCCCCGCGUUGCCCGCUGCCCAUGGCGCCCCGGCCGCGCCGCCGGAGCCGGGCCCCGCCGGCCUCCCCGUGGCUCGGCCCGCUGCUCCUCCUGGGCUGCGCCUGCCGCCCGGCGGCCCCCGGCCCGCACUAUGUGCUGGACGACGCGGCCGGCCUCGCCCGGGAGUUCGACGGGAUCGGGGGGCUCAGCGGCGGAGGGGCAACUUCUCGACUUCUAGUGAAUUACCCUGAGCCAUAUCGCUCCCAAAUCCUGGACUAUUUAUUUAAGCCAAACUUUGGUGCCUCCUUGCAUAUCCUGAAAGUCGAAAUAGGUGGAGAUGGGCAGACAACAGAUGGCACUGAGCCCUCACACAUGCAUUAUGAAGGUGAUGAAAAUUAUUUCCGAGGCUACGAAUGGUGGCUGAUGAAGGAAGCGAAGAAGAGGAACCCCAAUAUUACACUUGUUGGGUUACCCUGGGCAUUUCCUGGAUGGAUAGGGCAGGGUGAAAACUGGCCUUAUGACUUCCCGGAUAUUACUGCUAGCUAUAUUGUAGCCUGGAUUCUGGGUGCUAAACAGCAUCAUGGUUUGGACAUUGAUUAUGUCGGGAUUUGGAAUGAGCGAUCCUUUGACAUCCAGUAUAUUAAGCUGCUAAGAAGCAUUCUGGAUAAGCAAGAUCUGGAGCAAGUGAGGAUCAUAGCCAGUGAUAACCUCUGGCAGCCGAUUUCAUAUUUUCUGCUGCUUGACUCUGAUCUCCAUGGAGUAGUGGAUGUUAUAGGGGCUCAUUAUCCUGGGACACGCACUGUAGAAGAUGCUCUAAAGACCAAGAAGAAACUCUGGUCUUCUGAAGAUUACAGUACUUUCAAUGAUGAAAUCGGUGGAGGUUGCUGGGCACGCAUCUUGAAGAGAAAUUACAUAAAUGGACACAUGACUUCCACGAUCUCUUGGAACUUGUUGGCUAGUUACUAUGAACAACUGCCUUAUGGUCGGGAUGGAUUGAUGACAGCUCAGGAGCCAUGGAGUGGCCAUUAUGUAGUAGAAACACCUAUCUGGAUUUCAGCUCAUACUACCCAAUUUGCUCAACCAGGUUGGCAUUACCUGAAAACAGUUGGCCACUUAAAGAAAGGAGGAAGCUAUGUAGCUCUAACAGAUGGCAUGGGAAACCUCACUAUAAUAAUUGAAACUAUGUCUCAUAACCAUUCUAGGUGCAUAAGACCACCCCUUCCUGCUUUUACCGUGUCAGCGCAGAAUGCAACCUUCUCCCUUAAAGGAUCUUUUAAUAAUCUGAAAACACUUCAGGUGUGGUAUUCCAAACUGGAAUACAAAUCUGCGAACUCCAUUUUAUUCAAACCACUGACUCCUCUAAAGUUGAAUGAAAGCUCAUUCACCUUAUCCCUGGAUGUGGAUGAAAUCUAUUCUUUAACAACUAUAACUACAGGGCAUAAAGGCAGUUACCCAGUUCCUCCCAAAUCACAACCAUUUCCUCCUACAUACAAGGAUGAUUUUGAUGUCCGUGAUCCACCUUUCAGUGAAGCUCCAAAUUUUGCUGAUCAAACAGGAGUGUUUGAGUAUUUUAUAAAUAUUUCAGACCCUGGUGAGCAUAUUUACACAUUACGCCAGGUGCUUACUCAGCGUCCCAUCACCUGGGCCUCUGACGCAGACCAGACCAUCAGUAUUAUAGGAGAUUAUAAAUGGGUGAAUCUGACUGUAACCUGUGAUAUUUAUAUAGAGAAACCUCACACAGGAGGUGUGUUCAUUGCAGGAAGAGUAAACAAGGGUGGGGUGCUGAUUCGAAAUGCCAAAGGAGUUUUCUUUUGGGUUUUUGCAGAUGGUACCUUCAGAGUUACUGGGGAUCUUGCUGGAAACAUUGUGUUGCUCAAAGGAAAAGCUGGAGUCAGAGCUAAAACAUGGCACACGCUUUCUCUGAAAAUUGAUGGUCCUUACUCCUCAGGGCUGUUAAAUGGUUAUCCUCUCUGGAAAGAUGUCUUGAUUAGCGGUUCGAGCAAUGGCUGGGCAGCAAUAGGAACCCGAUCCUUCGAAUUUGCACAGUUUGACAACUUUAAUGUAGAAGCCACACUAAACCUCGGAUGAGUUUUUUUUUUUCUAAUUUUGCCUUCUUUGAGCCAGGCCCUAUUUUGAAGGCCAAAUCUAAAGGGAGAGAUCUUCUUAAAUCUUAAGGAGAGAGAACCAUCCUUAUAAUUGCUGCCAUUGUUAUCUAUAUAUUAAUUUAGUGAGAGUUACUAUAAUUUAGUAAUGCCACCUUUGCUUUCUCAUCCUCUCACUUCAAAGAGGGCAGGCUACUCAGAAGUUGUAUUGCCACAUUGACAAGUGGAUUAUUUCUCUUUUUGAUCCCUCAUAUAACAAAAAAGUUGAAGUCCAGGUCUAUUCAGAUGUUAUAAACUUAGUGAACCUAUCCACAGAAAUAAUAUUUACUGCUGCUGACAACUGGACUCAAUGAAUGGAUUGGUUUUACAGUAUUUUGGGGAGAUACUGUUUUCCCCAUGAAAAUGGUUUCUAUAUGAAGCAAAGUAGUUCAAGUAUUCUGUUUAAUUUUAACGUUCUAACAGUUUUUUUUAAAGGGAAAAGGCAUGAUCAUUUAUACAAAGCCUUAUUAAUAAACUACCUCUUAAAAUACUGCUACAGCUAGUAAUAAAAGCAAGCUAAUUUGGGACUUUAAUGGUCUCUAAUUCUUUCACUAUAAUCAAUUGUCUAGGUAUUUCCUCCCUCCUUUCCCUCUUUGUGGCUUUGGUCAUUGAUUUGCAACUGGAGGAAGAGUUGAUACCGUGAACAAAUUUGACAUCACAACCAAGGGCAGUGUGAUAUGCGAAUGGAACAGAAGUGUUUAAUUCAGAGGCAGCUGUGUAGGAAUUUUAUUUUUGUGCCUAUUUUAAUGUUCCAUUUGGGAACAUCUUCCUUUUACCUAGUUCAUUAGAGCAUUUUCUCCUUAAAAUCAUCAAACAAAUUAAAAGAAUGAGCGAAUUAUUUCUACUUGAAUAUGGAGGUAAAAGAGAGCUACCUCUUUAUUAUUACUCAAUGUGUUCAAUUGUUGGCUUUCUGAGUCAUCAGAUGCAGCUAGUGUCUAUUUAAGUAUAAGUUUAUAUUUGAAUAGUAGGUGUGAUUUAUAAGUGAGGGAAUCGUUGCAAAUUACAAAUCCAGUAGACAUUUUUAAAUGAUAGAAAAUCACAUGGAGCUUUUGCAAAUAAUAUUUUUAUCAUGGCAGUCUAAAAUAAGCUUUAUGAAUUAUGAAUUUGAACCAAAGAAUGAUUUAUAUAAUUUCCAAGUGUCCGUAGAAUAGCUAUGACAGUAGUUUUUGUGCAGCCAGGGAAAAUGCAGGACUUUAGUGCCCAAGAAUGUUUGAAACAAUUUUGGUACAAAUGUGUUAUUUGUUGUCCUCUCAAUAACUUCAAAAUUUACCUGAAAAGGGAGAAACUAAACUGGUGUGGCUAGAUCAUGCUUAAGGACAGUGCUUGACUUUUUCUCUUCCCACUAGUUUUAACACAUUGCACUGAUGAUUUUUAAUAGUUUCCUUAAUAUUCAAUUCUUAGUUAAUGGGGUAUUUAUGUUGUGUUAACCAUUUUAAAUAUCUUUUGUAUUUUGGGAAUGAAUGUUGACUAUAUUGUUUUGGCAUCUCUAAUUCUUAUUCAGUGAAUUGAAGGCCUUUGUUGAUAACAAAAUAGACUUUCAAACUGAAUGUUUAGCAGAAUCAGAUUGCUCGAGAGUGGUUAUAAAUACAAAUGAUUUCAGAUGAACAAAUAAAACGAUUUUUAAAAUCCCUUUA